GCCACCACACACUCCGAUCUCAAUCUUCGCUGUACAGAAAAAAAAAAAAACCAAAUCAAAGGAGAGAAAUCCCGACCCGGAAUCCGACCCGAAAACCCGGAAUACACAAUGGGCAAGGAUGGCUUGAGCGACGACCAGGUCUCCUCAAUGAAGGAAGCCUUCACGCUCUUCGACACCGACGGCGACGGCAAAAUCGCGCCCUCCGAGCUCGGGAUCCUGAUGCGAUCCCUCGGCGGGAACCCGACCCAGGCCCAGCUGAAAUCCAUAACCGACUCCGAGAGCCUCACCUCCCCCUUCGAUUUCGAGAGGUUCCUCGAUCUGAUGGCGAAGCACCUGAAGACGGAGCCGUUCGAUCGCCAGCUCCGAGAUGCGUUCAAGGUGCUCGACAAGGAAGGGAGUGGGUUCGUGGCGGUGGCGGAUCUGAGGCAUAUAUUGACGAGUAUCGGGGAGAAGCUGGAGGGGAAUGAGUUCGAUGAGUGGAUCAAGGAGGUGGAUGUUGGAUCCGAUGGGAAGAUUAGGUAUGAGGAUUUUAUUGCGAGGAUGGUUGCUAAGUAGUGAGAUCUUGUUUGUUUGUUUGUUCCUUUUGUUUUGGAAUGUUACUAACUUUUUUAUUGUUUGUUUCGUUUGUUAUGGAGAUGUUUUGUGUGGUGGUGAUUCCGUUGAAGUUUUUAAUCUUUAUGCGUUUGUAGUUUGUUGGUUUUUGGAUCAAUGAAUGUAAUUGAGUCCAAAUGUGUUUACUUCUUGGCUCCUUUUAAUCUCGAUUCAUGAACUUGGUUUCAUGUUCUGCAUCA